GGCAGCCUCAGCGGCUCUGCCUCUGCUAGCUAGCGUCGAGGUCUUCGUACCCGUCUAUAUAUUGGGCGAUCGCUCGUCGCGGCAGCCUCAGCGGCUCUGCCUCUGCUAGCUAGCGUCGAGGUCGAUUGGCCGGCCAUGGCGUGGCCUAGCCGCCAGCUGCUCCUUGCGAUGCUGUGCGUCGUCGCGGCCUCCGUGCUGGCCGCGCAGGCCGCCGGCGCCGACGACGCGAGGACGAAGAAGGUCGGCGUGUACGAGCUCAGGAUGGGGGAUUUCUGCGUCAAGGUCACCAACUGGGGCGCCAGGUUGAUGUCGGUCGUCGUUCCCGACUCCAAAGGGAAUUUGGCUGAUGUCGUCCUCGGCAAAGACACCAUCGCUGAAUACUUUAAUGACACCUCUUACUUCGGUCCAAUAACCGGCCGCGUCGGGCAGAGAAUAUCGCGGGGCCGCUUCGUCCUCGACGGCAAAGUCUACCACCUGGAAAGAAACGACGGCAGGAACACGCUUCACGGUGGUGGCACGGCGUUCAGCAAAAGCGCCUGGACGGUGAAGGAGCACGUCGCCGGCGGCGAAUCCCCGUACAUCACCUUCUACUACCACAGCGUCGACGGCGAGCAGGGCUUCCCGGGGAGCCUGGACGCGUACGUGACGUACCGGCUGUCGGGCCCGUACACGCUGGGCGUGCACAUGAGCGCGACGGCGCCGGACAGGGCGACGCCCGUGAACCUCCUGCUGCACGCGUACUGGAACCUGGGCGGCCACGGAAGCGGCGACGUCCUGGGCCACACGCUCCGGCUCCACGCGUCGCGCCACGCCGUGCUCGACGGCGAGCUCCUCCCGUCGUCGGGCCGCGUCGCGCCGGUGGCCGGCACGCCCUUCGACUUCCGGGAGCCGACGGCGAUCGGCGCGCGCAUCCGCCAGGUCAUGGGCGGCAAAGUCGUCGGGUACGACGCCAACUACGUCAUCGACGGGGAGCCGGACGGCAUGCGGCCGGUUGCAGAGGUCCGGGACGUCGCGUCCGGCAGGGCGGUGGAGCUGUGGGCGAACCAGGCGACCAUGCAGCUCUACACCGGGAACUGGCUGAACCAUACCAAGGGGAAGGACGGCGAGGUGUACGACCAGUACGCGGGGUUCACCCUGGAGACGAUGGGGUACGUGGACGCCGUGAACCACCCCGAGUUCCCGUCGCAGACCCUGUUGCCCGGCCAGGAGUACAAGCACGACAUGGUCUUCAAGUUCUCGUUCUAGGUGCAUGGUUAAAUCUGCUAAACUGUGCACAUGCAAAACCACGGGAUGUAGAAUCAGGUCGUUAUUGGUUUUUAAGUGAAAUAACAAUACUGGAUCAGAGGAGAGAACGCUUAUUAGAAAGAGGGACUAGCUCGUGCCUGAACUUCUUCUGUAUUUUUUAAAAUAACCCAUUGCAACAUAAAUUUUUUUAAUCUGUC